ACCAUCUUAUUUUUACCAAGUCUGACUGAUCGUCUAUCAAUGAAUAUUUAAUAAUGAUUGAUCAGGAAUAAAACAUUAUUCAAUUGUAAUUUAAUUUAACGCAUCAAGCAAUAGUUUCAAAUUGCUCUAUUGCUUGUAACUGUGCUUGUGCCUUGUGAAAAUGACAAUCGAGGGGAACAAGGACGAAGCUGAGAGAUGCAUAGAAAUUGCGCAAAGUGCUUUUACAUCAGGAAAUUAUGAAAAGGCCGAGCGUUUUUUGCUUAAGGCCGAACGAUUAUAUCCUACAGCGCGUGCUAAGGAUCUAUUGACGGUGGUAAGAGCUGCUAUUCCCACAGGAGGGACUCCGUCGAGUAAACGGACUCCGCCUAGCAGUCCUGACGCAGAUGUAAGACGUCGUAAAACCCCUGCUCACCAGCCAGCCCAGAGAGAAUAUACCGCGGAGCAGUUGGACGCUGUACGUCGAAUUAAUACAAAAUGCAAGGAUUAUUACGAAAUACUUGGUGUGACAAAGGAAGCAACAGAUUCUGACAUUAAGAAAGCAUACAAAAAAUUGGCCUUGCAACUACAUCCUGAUAAAAAUCAUGCCCCUGGCGCAGCGGAAGCCUUUAAGGCGAUCGGCAACGCAGCCGCCGUUCUCACGGACGCGGAAAAGCGAAAGCAAUACGAUCUCCGCGGUGAAGAGCCAGCUCACACCCCGCACACGCACCACCAGUACUACGCGCGCGGGUUCGAGUCGGACCUCACCGCUGAAGAGCUGUUCAACAUGUUCUUUGGGGCCACCGCGUUCUCCGGAGGCGGUCCAACAGUAUACACCCGCAGACGCGCCCGUGAACCGGAACAACGCGACAACCACGCUGGCCUGGUCCAACUGCUGCCGGUCCUCGUGCUGGUGCUGCUCUCCAUGAUGUCAGGGUUCUUCAUCAGUGAGCCGGUGUACAGCCUCAGCCCGAACGCCAAGUACCCGGUGCCGAGGGAGACCGUUAACUUGAAGGUUCCGUACUACGUCAAAGAGAAUUUCCACACCGACUACCAGGGCUCGCUGAGACGUCUCGAAAUGGCCAUCGAAGAGGAGUAUAUAGUCGGUCUACGUCACGCGUGUCAACGCGAGCGCAACUACCGCGACAGCAUGGCGUGGAAGGCGCGCAACUUCGGCGACACGAGCCAGUACGCAGAGGCGCAGCGGAUGCGCAUGCCCAGCUGCGAGAAGCUCAACAAGUUCCAGCGUGGUUAACGCGUGAUACGCUGAGUUCGGAGUUCGAUUCCCCGUGAAGGUCGAUAAAUAUAGUCACGGUUGGGAACAGAUUUCAUUAUUAUAUACUUGCCCAUUUAUAUAAUCAGUAAUACAUGGAAAUAUGUAUCUGUCCCAUAUC